AAUGUGCAUCAGCUUCUUCGGAAAUGACUUUCUGCGUUCAUCAACACAGGACUUUGAUUUGUUUUUCUUAUGGACAGAUGAAGCUAAGGAGUAUUACCUCCUUCUAGUUAUGAUUUAGUUCUACUUGUUUAAAUGUAAGUAUUUCUGCUGGAGGGUAGAAGUUGUUGAAUCCUUGACUCUAUUUUAGACUUUCUUUAGCUCUACUAACUUGAUACAACAAGAACACUCCUCGAAAAAUAACUUCCACAGACAAUGGCUCUUCAACCUGCCCCUCGUUGGCCGGUCGACGUGAAGCUUGCCAAAGCUUUCUCUGACCUUGAAGGUGACAUCCUCGGAGUCGAUAUCGGGAGGGAAAUUCUGGUUGCCUGGACCGAAGGCGAAAUCGCACUUUACAGUAUACAGGAUGCCAAGUUGCGAAGAAAGAUCGCUGCCCACACUGUGGAAGUGGGGAGUGGAGGCGCCACUUCAAGUAGCUCAUCGACAUCACCAGUGGCAGCUACUUCAUCUAGCAGUGGUGCUACUGCCGGAGGCCCUACUACACCUGGAGCCCCCUCAAAUUCCCCAAUGAUUGUCCCAGAGCACGCUUUCGUAUCGGUCCAGUUGAAGCAGCAUGACCCGAGCUAUGCUUUUGUUCUUAGUGCGACGCAUCCCUUACUACUGACCGGCACUGGGGGCGCGUCUUCAUCGUCGAAAGACAGCGCGACGAGUUCAGAAGAUGAACCCAUGACUGGUGGUGCUAGUGGUACAGGAGCUGCUAGCGGAACUUCAGGUUCAGCCACGACUUCCUCUUCCAGUUCAACAACAGCUCCUGGCGCCACAGCAUCAGGAGGUGCCUCGCCAAGCUCCUCCAGUUCUUCUUCUGUCUCUCCCUUUAGAAGAAGGCCUGAUAGAUUACGGCUCAUGGACUUGCUUGAGGAUGUGACGCUUUUUCAAAUCGCCACAGAAAGCGUGCUCUACAGAGAGCAUAUCAAUUUUGUCAGCCUGCAUCCGACCCAGGACAUCCUGUUGCUAGGUACUUCUACAGCUCCUGCACUAGAUUCUAGUAAAAACCUCUAAAUCAAUAAGUCAAUUUGAGCAAUGAGGUUACAUGACAUGACAUGAUAUAAUUUCUUUAAUAAUGUUGAAUAUCAGUCAUAUUAAGUAAACAAAAACAGGUACAACGUGCAACGUGAGUUUAUGGGACUAUUCGGCUUACAAUCCGAAGAAAAAAGCUGCUGACGAUGCGAGCAAAGGGCUCGUGGCGCUAGGAAAGACUGACACCACUGGAGAGGUCACUUCCGCAGCAUUCGAUAGUCAAGGAAUGGUCUUCGGCUUGUGCACAGGACAAGAGUACUUGAACUUUCUUUCUUUCUUCACUUGAACUUUCUGAUUCCGUCUCAGAGUAAGAUGAGUCCUAUAAUCUUCUUGUUCUUGUAAAUUACACAAAUACAACUCUUACUCUCCUAUCUCUUUCUCUCUUAACUCAAUCUCAGAAGCUUCCUUCAAUUUCAAUUUUUCUCCACAGGACUAUCCAUCUUUUCGACUCCAAGACGUUCGCCAAGGGAUCUUUUUUAACGUUCCGACUAGGCAAGCCAUGCGAGAAGUUGGAAUUCUCACCAUGUGGAAAAUACGUGCUGUGCAAUUACACGUACUUCUACUUUUUUACUACUACUUGAUGUUGUUGUUUGAAUUUGUCUGAUUGAAUUGAUUUUCUAAGAAAAAGAACAGAAACAAACUACCAACUUUUUUCCAUCAAUAGAAAGGCCAACGCGUGAUCCAUUCUCUCGAAAAUUCGAUCACACAUCAGGUCUCUCCUCGACGCAUAUGACGGAGAUCCUAUCGUCGAGUACCGAAAUUCUUCUUCCUCAGAACCAUUGGCCGCGCAUUUCUCACCAGAUAGUGAGUUCGUGAUGCAGGUCACGCGCAAUGCCGUUCACAUCUUUUCAACAACAAAUGGCGUGCUAGAACGGACUAUUCCUUUACCGGCUGUUCCCGCCUCUACUGCAGGGGCCGAUCAGCCAUUGGCUUGCGGUAGUUGGAAUCCAACGCGCGCGAUGUUCGCCACGGCAUGCGGGAAGUUGAUGCAUUGGUGGGUGUAGAUUUUCUUUUUGUGUCAAUAGCCGUUGAACAUAGAUUCAUGAUGAGAAAAUACUCUAACUAUCUCUUCAUCGACAGAGAAAUCCUUUACAAACAUCUGCGGAUGAAUCCUCCUUUUCUUUGUCACACCUCUAUGUGGCAAUUGCCCCUGUCUCGAUGAUUACAGGAGCGUCGAAUGAUCACCGAAACAAGUUGACGAGAGGCUCGAAGUUACGCUAAAUACUUACCCCAAACACGACGCAAAAGCAAAAGGCUUAUACCCCACCCCCAAAAGAUAUUCAUCUUCACAAAACUAUACAAGGGUACUCCAUCUCACGCGGCUGAUAUGUUAAAACGCGCGACUCUCUUCAAG